GGAAUAGAAUGUGCGAGUCACAUGUCAGCUGAGAUGUUAUCACAAAAGAAGAUUAUACUAUUUCCAUAGAGUCAGGAGCAGACGUGAAGACAGCCAGAAUCUAUGAUAGCCUCGGAAGUGACAAAAAAACUGACACUAGCCGCUGUGAUAUCAACCUUCCCUUUCUGUACUAUCUACAGCAGAUCGUGACUUUUCCAUGUCGGAUGUUGGCGGGAGGAAAUGCCCUGGUCGGGAGGAAAUACUGACUGACGUGUCGUAGGUGACGUCAGAGCGCAGCUGAUCCAGGCUCGAGGGCUUGAAGGUUGUGGACACGCUAAUUCGGGCCUGACUGGCGUCACCCGUGGCUGCCGCAUUCAAUAGGCCGAUUCAAGGAGACCAGCGCACCACAUAAUCACCGACAGAAGCGUGAAACAGGCUGGGACUACGGCCAUUGUGACUGGAUAAUCAGUCUGGGCUCCAGCGGGGGUGGUGCAGUCCGUGGUGCUGAUCAGACAAUCCGCCUCCCAUCUCCAGUGGAAGAGCGGUUUGGCCGGGGUACGUCCGUUGCCCUGAACGCUGUCCAACCGACGCACGCGGUAGAAUUUCAGCUACCGUUGUUAAAUUCCGGAGCUGCACUGUGCAUCGUGGUUUCGGUGGAGUAUACUAUAGUCUUGUAUUCAGCUCCCCGCGAUUAGAGCAUCUUUCAAUGCAAACAACACCCGUGCGCACCUAACCUCCGUGUUCCACUCCCCAACAACAACAACAAACGUUGCUGUGACAGUCUCGCGCCCGCUCAGACGACUUAAGACUCUCUGUGUGGCCGAGGUCUCGGCAGACAACGGGCAGCAUGGGGCAGAGUGAAGCCAAGCUGGACAAGAAGACAGUGGAGGAGCUGGUGCGGCUGACGGACAGGAGGUUCACGGAACAGGAGAUCCGAGAUCUGCACAAGGACUUCCUCCGGGACUGUCCCACCGGGAAGGUCACGCUCGCCGGGUUCAAGCGUGUGUACGGGCGAUACUUCCCGACAGGAACGGCGGACGAGUUCUCGGAGCACGUGUUCAGGACGUUCGACAUCAACGGUGACGGCGUGGUGGACUUCCGGGAGUUCCUGAUGGCGGCCAGCGCCACGUCCAAGGGCACGGCGGAGGACAAGCUGAAGUGGGCCUUCAGUAUGUACGACAUGGACGGGGACGGCUGUAUCACCAGGGCGGAGAUGGUGGAGAUAUUACAGUCCAUCCAUAAGAUGAUGACGCCCCAGAUGAGGACAGCGUUGCUGCCGGACAACUCCUCCCCACAAGAACGGGCGGAGGAACUCUUCAAACUCAUGGACGCCAACAAGGACGACGAGAUCAACAUCAACGAGUUCAUCAGGGGAGCCCAGCAGGACAAGGAGCUUAUCGCCAUGUUAACGCAGAACGUCGUGCAGUAGACGACACGGGAACACUUCAGAGUUAUAUUCUUCUGAUUAGAAUCCCUUUCCUUUUUAGUUGGGAGAGAGUAGUUUGAAAGGUUAUCAGCUGAAGUCGCCUUUAAAAUCUUUAACAUUCUGCUCAGAUAAGAUCAGGGAAGCAACUGAACGAUCAAUCAUAACACAGAUCCAUCGGGAAAUGAAAAUUCAAGUUGGACAAAUCUCAAGAAAUCUGCUCCGAGAUAAAAGACUGGGGUAAGAUAUACUGAGUUCCUUUGCUUGUAGUGUUAUCACCUAUCUGGAGACGAUCGCGACUUCUCAAUGGAAA